AUGACCGGCCGAGGGAAACCCGCAAACAUACGUCCUAUUUCCCCCACAGGCUCCUCCCUGGCUGUCCGCCCUGUACCCUGGACUCGCAACUUUGCUGCCCGCUCAUUCGGCCCAGGUGCUGCGGCGGACAUCACGACGACAGCCCGGCCACUCCGGGAAGUGCAAGAACAGGCUGACACCGCUACUUACUAUGACCCGACGCCCUACAACCCAAUACUCGAUCAAGGGAUAGAUCUGCUUCGCGAAAUCGAGGGAUGGGAGCAACGCGGCUUGCGAUGUUAUACCCUGUCCGCGUAUGGGGAUGAGGCAUUCCAUCGCUUUAAACUAGAUGUGAUCGAGGACCAAGAUGCUCUGAAUGGCGCGUCCGAUGACCGUAUUCGGGAGGAAUUCCGGGCUCUGAUCCGUAGUUUCAAUCUGUGUGAUGAUGAGGAAAGGUUCGUGCCUCCCGCUCGCAACGUGGCUUGUCUAGUUCUCGACGAGGCCACGAUCUCGAUGCUCGUCAAUCUUUCCUUCCCAGAGGACCCAAUGGAUGAUCAUAAGGCAUUUAGCGAGGUGACCAUCAAAGUCGUGGAUAUUUGGUGGCAGCGUUCUUCCGCGCACCCUGAAUCGAGUUAUCGGGGUGUGGGAGAUUGUCCCAUCGUUUCACUCGACAGGCUCUAUUUGAUGCUCAUGUCGGGUGUAAACAGUGGUGCCAUGGAGGAUCUCCAUCCGAUGAGUGUUGGUCUGUAA